AUGACAAAUCUUUCAACUAUAUUAAUCAACUCAGCUGAAACAGCUGUAAUAUUACCAGAUAUACCAAAAUAUGAUAUAUGUUUAGUUUCUAAAAGUUCACAUUAUGUGACUCAACUAGCUGAAACUGGAAAUGUACAAGACUUCGAACAACUUAUCAAGAACGAUCCAUCAAAAUUAACCAUAUUUUCUCCUGCUGGUCUUUGUGCAGCACAUAAUGCUGCUGCACGAAAUCGAGUAGGUAUUUUAACUUUAAUUGUCCGAUAUCAUGGAGAUUUGAAUAUUGAAGAUAAGAAUGGAUGGACACCGUUGCAUCAUGCUGUACAAAGUAAUGCAUUGAAUGCUAUUAAAUUUCUUUUGGAACAUGGAGUUGAUAGUGCUCGAUUGAAUAAACAACAAAAUGCACCUAUACAUUUAGCUAUUAUACACAAUCGGCUGGAUGCACUCAAGAUAAUUAUUUCCAAGCAUCCCUAUCAAGUCGAUCUUCCUGGUGAAAGGAAAAAGACACCACUUCAUUAUGCUGCUUUAAUCGAUAAUGUCGAAGCAACUAAAAUACUUACUAACAAUCAUGCUUGUUUAUGUUUACGAAGUGAUGUUGGUAAUUAUCCGAUUCAUGAAGCUGCAUUGAAUAGUAGUAAUCGUGUUUUUAACCAUUUGUGCGAGAUUGGUAAAGUAUUAUUUUAUUUAUUUUGA